GCCCCUUCCACAGAGCACUUCUGUGCAGUCUGAGCAGAUGAAGGUAGAUUAAGCAAGACACUGAAGUUCCCCCCACUAGCCUACACUUCCCCCAGAAUACUAAACUGAAAGUUGGACAAUGGAUGUUUGGAAGGUACUGGUACUUUGGGGACUGCUGGAACAUUUGGUUUUGUGUUUAUGCCAGGGUCGACACACACUGCCAGUCUUGUGGAUUAUGCCAUUCACAGAUGAACUUGGGUGUGGCAAUAUCACAGAGACAACACUGCCAGCUGUCCACUUGGCCCAGCAACACCUGAGGAAGCAACCAGCUCCUUUAGGCAACUAUGAGCUAGAGUUUCAUUUUGCCAACUCGCAGUGUGACAAUGCUAUUGGCUUGAAAGCUUUCUUUGAUGCCAUAUGCCAUGGUCCAAAAUACCUCAUGAUCUUUGGAGGGGUCUGUCCAUCUGUGACUUCCAUCAUUGCUGAGUCUCUUCAGGGCUGGAAUCUUGUGCAGCUGUCUUUUGCUGUGACAGCUCCUGCAUUUGAGGACAAAAGAAGGUAUCCAAACUUCUUCAGAAUUGUCCCAUCAGACAAUGCAAUUCAUCCAGCUGUGAUAAAAUUUGUCAAACACUAUAACUGGAAUCGGGUAGGAAUACUGACUCAGGAUGGCCAGGGAGUCUCUGAGGUCCAAAGAGAUUUAAUGAAGGUGCUGUUAAGGGCUAACAUUCAGAUAGCAGCUACACAAAACUUCAUCGGCGAUCCCUCUGUCAGCCUAAGAAUACUGAAGGAAAAUGAUGUGAGGAUCAUUAUUGGACUUUUCAAUGAAAGCACAGCAGCUAAAAUCUUCUGUUCUGCUUACCAUUUGAACAUGUUCAGCAGUAGGUAUCAGUGGGUUAUUCCAAGAUGGAACCAGAGGAACUGGUGGGUUAACAGAGGGACAGUGAAUUGUUCCUCUUUGAGUCUCAUGGAGGCCAUGGAGGGAUCUAUCAGUGUGGACUUUGAGCCCCUUAGUUCCAAAGAGACCAGGGGCAUUUCUGGAAAGACACCACAAGAGUAUCAGAAAGAAUAUGACCAGCUUUGCAUUCAGAAAGGUGUUAACUCCAGCAGGUUCCAUGGUUUUGCCUAUGAUGCCAUCUGGGUUGUCACAAAAGCACUAACACGAGUUAUGGAGGCUAUGAGACACAAUGAGAAGUACAGUCUGCACCACAACUAUACAGUCAGUGAUGAAGAGCUGUCUCAGAUGAUUAUUGAGGCCAUGAACGAAACCACAUUUUUGGGUGUCACUGGCCAAGUGAGGUUUAAAAAUGGAGAGAGAAUGGGAAUCAUCAGAUUUACCCAGCUUCAAGAUGGCAGUGAAAUACAAGUUGGUGAAUACAACACAAUUGAAGACAGACUGGAUCUUAGCAAAAACAUGCGGUUCACAGCAAAAGGCCCCCCAAGGGAUAUCACUAUGGUGCUGCAUCAGAGAGGACAGAUAAACAUUGUGGUCUAUAGCAUACUGUCAGCUAUUUCCAUAUUAGGCAUGUUUAUGGCCAGUUCUUUCCUGUUCUUCAACAUAAAACAUCGGCAUCAUCGGAUCAUACAAAUGUCCAGUCCAUUCAUAAACAAUAUAAUAAUCUUGGGUGGAAUGCUCUCUUACUCCUUCGUCAUCAUUUUUGGUCUAGAUGGGUCAUUAAUCUCAGAUGGAUCAUUUGAAAUCCUAUGCAAAAUUCGCUCAUGGAUUCUAAGCAUUGGGUUUACAAUGGCAUUUGGCGCCAUGUUUGCCAAAACAUGGAGAGUAUAUGCAAUCUUUAAAAAUGUGCAUCUUAAGAAAAAGGUCAUUAAAGAUCUACGGUUGCUUGUGGUGGUUGGUGGAAUGCUUCUGAUUGAUCUUUGCAUUUUAAUCUGCUGGCAUAUCAUGGAUCCCUUAAGGAGGACAGUAGAAGAAUACAGGACAGAGGUUGAUGGGAAUGAUGUGGCUCUUUAUACACUCCUGGAGCGCUGUGAGAGUGCACACACAGCCACCUGGCUAGCCAUUCUGUUUGUUUACAAGGGUGUUCUCAUGGUAUUUUGCUGUUUCCUGUCCUGGGAGACCCGGCAUGUAAGCAUUCCAGUCCUGAAUGACAGCCAAUACAUUGGAUGGAGUGUAUACAAUGUGGCCGUUAUGUGUAUGAUUGGUGCAAUUGCCUCCGUCCUGACAAGAGAGCUGCCCAAUGUGCAGUUCUGUAUCAUCUCACUGGUCAUCAUCAUCUCCACCACUGGGACACUACUUCUGCUUUUCAUCCCAAAGCUCAUCCUACUUAAAGCUCCUUCUAAGUUUGCCAUUCAAUCUCAUCAGUUUAAAUUAAGCCAGACAACGGUGAGGAAGGAUCAAUGGAGAUCUAGCUCCAUCUCCAGUGCUGGACAAAACAAGACAUUCUGGGUGGAGGACAAUCAGAAUUACAAUGAGCUGCUCAGGAGACGUGUUGUAGAGCUUGAUAGUGAGCUUGAGGAGAUCAACAUGCAAUUAGAUGGCAUACCAGUUUCUCACAACUUUCCGGAACCCUGCUCAGAAUAUGUUGUCAUCACCCAUGCAGAUAUAUCAGAAAAAUGCUGUACCCUUCCUGAAGAUUCCAGGACAGAUGAUGAUCUGCUGAGAGACAUUAACUCACCAGAACGCAUCCAGCGGAGGCUAUCUGUGCAGCUGCCCAUCCUUCACCAUGCUUACCUCCCGUCUAUUGGAGGAGUGAAUGCCAGCCUUGCCAGUCCUAGUACACCACUGGACAGUCCUGCACCCAGUCCCUAACACAGAUCAGAAGCAUCGAUCAUUACGGGCAGCUUUGAUGCACCACCACUUCAAUGAUCAACCCCCCCACCCCACCCCACACACACACACACACACACACACACACACAAACCCAUACCCAAUAUGCAAACAAGCCUAUUGCUAUUUUGCUUAUCUGCUAUUUUGUUGAUCUGUACAGUUUAUACAGAGAUCUUACAAUUAAGACCUCUUGCCUUAAGUGAUGACAAUUAUUUCUAAAUAUAUGUUAUGUAAUAUGUCCAGUAUGUUUUUCUACAUGUUGUUACUUACUAAUAGUGACAUUAAGCUGUUGCCAUAA